CCAGCUCUGUGCCUCACCACAUCCUUCCUUUAUUCCUUCACCUGCUGAUAUAUAGUGCACCCUGUCUUACUAUCACUCUAACCUUUUCUUGUCUCACUGUCACAACCCUGCCACUCUGCCUUACUGUCACACCCUGUACCUUCACCCUGCUUCAUUCUCUCACCUUGUAUACUUAUUCUGUUCUUUCACCUUUCCACACCCUGCCUUAGUCCAUAGUCCCUUACCUUUCUCACCCUGCCUUAGUCCUUAGUUUCACUCUUACACCCUAUAGUCUGAUUCUGCUUCAUCCUAUCUCACCCUAAAGAUACUCACCACUCCUCUCGCAUCCUUCUGUACUCUUAGCAUGCACCCUCACACCCUGCAGUCUCCUUGCCAUGCCUAGUAUACUCUUCCAUACACUAUUGCCAGCCUGUCACACUCCUGUUCAAGGGUUUUCAAGAUUCAGCUGCCUAGUACCAUCAAUGGUUGGUCUCAAGUCUCUUAUGUGUAUGUGCUAUGCCUGCAGAGCUGUCACAAAAAUAUAGAUUAAGACACAAGCCACACAAGAUUCCACUAAACCUACAUGUGACAGUCCCUAUGAAGACAUCUGUGUUUGUGUUGUGCCUGUGGUGGUCUCCUGCAGAAGGCUGAGGUCCACUGAGGUCACUGCUUGCUGGGCAUUACUCCAAAGGAGGUUUAUAAAGAGAAGAUUGUGUACUUGAGGAAACUUUCAAUAAUGAACACUGAGUCAGGAAUGAGAAUAAAAGAAAGGAACACAAGUCAAAAGAAAGAAAAAAAAAACUAUUGUAUUUGAACUGUGUGAUGAAUUGAGACAGGAAUAGAGAUAAGAAAAGGGAAAAAAACCUGUUGUGCUUUGAUUGAUUCAUUGAGGCAAGAAUGCACAUCAAAAGAAAAGAAGAAAAAAAUGUAUUGUAUCUGCAUUGACUGAAAGAUUUAGACAGGAACAUUGAAAAAUAACUCCUAUACUUUGAUUGACUAAUUAGGAACAUAACUAACACCAUAACUGAGAAGAACUCCUGUACUUUGAUUGUCAGAUUAGGAACAUACCAGCACCAUAACUAAGAAGAACUCUUGUACUUUGAUUGACUGACUGGAAACACAUUUGGCACCAUGAGACUCCUUGUCAACGACUUGUGGCUCCAAAUGUACUUUUCUGUGCUGAUGUGAAUAAAAGUUACAAAUUUGAAACAGCAACAAAUCUUUGGCACCUAACUGGUCUAUUUGAUGCAAUGACACUGGUCUACCCGAAACGUGAACUACAGAAAUAGAGAAGUAACUAAGUACUGAAGAGUAAGAAUCAAAGAAAGAAGGGUGUGGAAAAAAAGAUUAAGAGAUUGUGAUGUGAAUGAAGUUUGAUAAGAUAGAUUUUGUGUGAGGGUGCAGAGUGAAUAUAGAAGAGAAAGAGUGAAAAGAGAAAGAAAUUAAUUGUAAUGUGAGUGAAUGUACUGUAAAAGAACAAUGAGAUAAAGGUGUCAUGUGGAGGUGUAAGUUGAGUGUAGAAGAAGAGAAAUGAAGUGUGAAAAAGAGAAGAAAGGGGAGUAUGGAAAGGAGAUAGAUUAAUUGCAAUGUGAAUAAAUAUACUGUGAAUUAAGUUUGAUGUUUAGUAAAGGCAUAGUUUGUGUUUAGAAGCAGAGAAGUGUGAAGAAAAUACAAGAAAAGUGUGAAAAGGAGAGAGAUUCAUUGCUAUGUGAAUGACUGAACAAAUGCAAAGCAAAGAAACAGUAAUGUGAUAGGGAAAGCCAUGUAAAGGUGCACUGUGACCCCAUUAUUUCCUGUUCCUUUUAUCUAUGAAAAGUUAAGCUAACACAGUUCAAAAUCUUGCUUCAUCGUGACAUUUUACUGUUAGUGGUAUCGUUGACUUCAAUCCUUGCUCUCUCUAUGACACAAACUAAUCUGACGUUCUCUCUGGUCUAGUUAUCCUUGAAGUGGUAAGUCAGUGUACCCAAGAAUUAUCACUUUAUAAAGACAUAUAACAGUGAUAUACUAAUGAUGGUACCUUCACUUUAUUUGCUGUUAGUUGCAGUCUAAAUCAUCUAGCUAUUCUCUCUUGUUAUUUUUGCAGUGGUAAGCUAGUGUAUUUAAUCUCACAUGAUAUAUUCCUCUAAUGCUGACAGAUUCCCUUCAUUCCUUCAUCAUUGCUCCAUAGACACUAACAUUCCCCUGCCUGGUGCAUGCUAAGACUGUGUGCUGGGAAUUGUGGUGGUGAUCUGAGGUACUGGUGAUAGUGGUGGUGGUUGUUUUGGUGCUGUGGUGCUGUAGUUGUGUUGUUCUAGGUGCUUCCAUUCCAGUGAGGUGUUGAAUUGUGUUGUUUGUUGGGGUGUGUUUUGUUUUGUCCUUGUGCUUCUGUCUAUGAUUGUGUUUCUCAAUUACUGAAGUAUAGAGAGUGCGUUGUGUACUGUGUCUGAAGCUUUGCUGUGUGUAUGUGUGUGUUUGUGUUUCUUUGCUGAGGUGAAGGAAGAUUUUAAGGUCCUCUGUGUCCCACUGUAGUCUGUGAGGAGGCUUUGUAAUGUGUCUGUUGCCAUAGUUAAGGUGCAGAUAGGUACUGUUGGUCUUGUUGAGCUGUCACUUGUUCCUAAAGUCAUCUUGUACGUGUCACUAACUAUUGUGCAAGGUGUUUUUUAAUGGUGUGUGUAGUUGUCUCAAUUUACACAACUUCCUUGGGUUCUUCCUCUUCUUAACUGAAACUUGAUUGAGUUCUUCAUCUUCGGUAUUUCCUUGUAUGUGCUGGAGGAAAGUCUUAAUGUGUUGAGGUCCCACAAGGCUGUCUCAUUUCUCUGUGAUUUUGUGAGGGUUUUUCUUCUCCCCAAUCAUUGUUUCCUUAGCUCUCAGUUUAUACAAUCCUCCCAAUCUGCUUAUGUGCAUGUAGUUUCAAGGUUGUCUCAUUCUGCCUUAUUCUCUCUUGUUCUUAAUCUUAUCAAAUAUGUGUUUCUUUGCAUGGUUGAAGUGGAAGAAAGUUGAAUUCCACUCUUAAAGUCUCACAAGGUGUCCAGUUUUCUGAGUAAAGGAGCAGUUGUAAGUUCUCCUGAUUCACACAGGUCUUGUUGUUGUGUUGUCUUGGUCUUUGUGGUGCACCAGGGUUGUGUUAGGCUUCCUAAUGCAUUCACUUCCUUACUGAUCUUUGAAUUCUGUGCUUCCCUGUCUUUGCUGUGUUUGUGACUGCUGUGUGUGUUUGUAUGGAGACGAACUUUGUGCCAAACUUCAUUGAAAUCUAUCUUCCUUCCCUCUUUUCACUUCACUAUUUCCUGCCCAGUGUUGCUUUGUAUAGUGCUAUGUUUACUUGUGCUUGGACUGCACAGGUUUAUGGUUUAUUCUACAUUAAUGGUGAGAGAACAGUUGAGUGAAACAUUGAUAACAUAGAACAUAAGAUAUUUUUAUACAGUCAUGUCUAGUGUUAUUUGUAAAGAUUUGUAACUUAAGAGAUUGGUGUCAUUGUUGUGAUAACUUGUGGUGCCGUGUUGUAUUGUGUUGUGCUGUGCUGUGCUGUGCUGUGCUGUGCUGUGUUCAGGGUGCCAUUGCCAUGGUUAGUGCUGGUGUGUGAGUAGUGUUGUGUUAUGGCAGAACAAAUGUUGUGUUGCUGGUGACACUGAUGGUGAGAGAAAGUUUGUGGAAGUGAGGUACCAUCAGCCUGCCAGGGAUUGGUGUGGUGGUGUGGUGGAGGGCAGUGCAGUGACUGUGACAGGUGUUUGUGAAUGUAGUGACAGGGGACGCGUGGCACAGACUGACAUGCUCGUGUUUCAGUGAGGUGAGGCAAGGAAGUGGUGGUGGUGGUGGUGGAGAGGCAGCAUGGUGGGGGUAAGGAAGCUGAGGCUGGUGGUGGUGAUGGUGGUGAUGGUGUUGGUGGUGACGGUUGUGCGGUGGAUGGGCAGUGGGGUUGGCAGUGGUGGGGGACAGGGCAGUACGGUGGGGGGCCAGGAUCCCCUGGCUGGCCUGGUCGUCAUUGUGCGGGAAUUUGAGAAUUUUGACAACGACCUUGAGGACACAGCACACUCAGUGGUGGCAGCGUGUGGUGGGCUGUGCCGUGUGCUGGUGGCCAGUGAUGACCUGGUGUACCCACCACUGCGCCUGCCCCAGGGGGCCACACCCCUAGUGUUGACCCCUGGCCUAAUGCGGAGACGGCCCAGCCUGACUGCCUAUCUGGCUGGCAGCCGCUACGUGCUGCUGCUGCCUGACGGGGCCCGGGUGUCCUCUGCAGCUCAGCUGUUGGACCUGCUGGGCCUGCUGGAGGCGGGGGACACACGAGUGGUGGCAGUGGGGGUGGGCGGUGCUAUGCUGGCCUGUCACCGCUACACACUGGACCUGCCGGCCUGGACUCUCUCCGUGGCACCGGCGCCAGGCAGUGAGGCUUGUGACGCUGUGUCAGGCCGCGCUGCACUGCUGCUCACCACUGACAGCCUGCUGGAGCUGAGCCUGCCCCUGGCUCGCCCACUGCCUCUGGCUCUGGGUGUGCAGGGCGCAGCGCGGGGCUGGAAGGUGCGAGUUGGACGUGGGGGCCUGUUGGGCGAGGGACGGCAGCUGCUGGCCUCAGAGCACCUGCGGUGGAAGGCCACAGCAGCGGAGGAGGAGCGGCGUGUGGCGCUGUUUGCUGCUGUGGGUCUCAAGAAGGUGGUGGGGCCGGGCGGGGAUGUGCGCUGGUAUGGCUGCACCCGCACCUCACAACGCUGCUUUCCCACCGUGGUGCAGGACACGCCUGACUACUUGCUGCGUGGCCGCUGGACGCCGCCCUGCUGCCUGGAGGGGCUGCGGGCCACGGCACGGCACGUGUUCCAGACACUGCGUGGCUGCCGGGUGCGGUGGUGGUUGGAGGGCGGGUCACUGCUGGGCGCAGUACGGGGUGGCGACCUGCUGCCAUGGGACUAUGACGUGGAUGUGGGCGUGUAUGCCGCUGAUGCUGAGCGCUGCCCGCCACUGCGUGCUGCCCGUUGGCAGACGCUGGAGGAUGCAGACGGCUUCGUGUGGCAGCGUGCGGCAGAGGGCGGCUUCUACCGUGUCCACUACAGCACUGCUAACCACCUGCACGUGGACGUGUUCCCCUUCACGCCCCGCGGCGGCACCAUGACGCGGGGUGGGGCCUGGGCCACUGGCCACCGUCAGGAUGUGGACUUCCCGGAGCACUUCCUGCGGCCCAUCGCCUCCGUGACCUUCGCUGGUGUGAUGGCUUCCGCGCCAAACAAUGUGAGGGACUUCCUGGAGCUCAAGUUUGGCCCGGGGGUGAUUGAGACGCCCCAGUAUCCAAACCCUGAGGUGCCCCUGCCUGGUAACAUGUCUGCCCUCCUACACAGGCUAUGAGAAGUAGGGGUCACAGGUGUGUGUGUGUGUGUGUGUGUGUGUGUGUGUGUGUGUGUGUGUGUGUGUGUGUGUGUGUGUGUGUUAAACCAACUUUUAUGACUUCAGGAUGUAGCGUACUUUUUGUACCUCUACUGUGUGUGUGUGUGUGUGUGUGUGAGAGAGAGAGAGAAAGAGAGAGAGAGAGAGAGAUUGGUUGAGAAUUUCUUGGUGCUGAAAGAGCUAGACUCAUAUGUUGGAGAGAGAGAGAGAGAGAGAGAGAGAGAGAGAGAGAGAGAGAGAGAGAGAGAGAGAGAGAGAGAGAGAGAGAACGGAAACAGAGACAGAGACAGAAUAAUGACUGAAAAUUAGAAAUAGUAAUUCUCAAUGCAACUGACUGAGUGUGAUUUAAAGAUGCAAUUUGAUUUCCAUGCCUUGUGUUUUGUUACUUGUGAUACUUUUAUAAGACAGCAGCGGCAGCAGCAGCAGAGUGAGUGAGCAAUAAGUGUGGAGGUGUCCCGGCACAAACCUUGGUACAGUAGUUGUAUUAGUAUAACCAAAUAUUGCCAAGUAUAUUUAGAUAAUCAGAAGUAAGACUGCAGUAAGUAAUCAAAUUAGGUAACUGACUUAGUGCAAUUAGUUAUGGGAAAGCAAUUACUUCAACUUAUCAUUCAAAUAUAUAUACCUGUACCACAAUCUUGCAUUGCUCAACUUGUCAAACUUCAAACCUGUGUCAAAUGAGAUGUAUACUGUGUGCAUGUGUUUUGUUGAGGGCAAAGUAAGGAAGUGGCCAUGCAAAUUACUUCUGUAACUUCAAAAAUACUUGUAUUUUAUAGAGUGUAGUAUAUGAAUUUUAUGUUGGUUGUGGUGUAGUAAUGGCAAGAGUGAAAAAGAUGUUCUGGCAAAAUAACUAUUCACAACUUUCAAAUUGUGUCAAAUUAAAUGUAUGUAAAUUUCUUCGACACUCAUGUGAUUUGCUGAUGGUGAGAGUGAAGGAGUAAAGGAGGGAUGGAAGGAAAGAAGGGUAAGGAUGUGCAAAAUAAUUAUAUCCCUUACUAAUCGUAAGUCAAUUUGUUUUCCCUUGUGUGGUUCAGUUGUGAUAAGAGUGAAGGAAGGAAAGAAAUAGUGGUGUAGUUAUUGGAAUGAAAGUGGAUUUGUAUUAAUGAAUCUCAACUCGUGUGGUUUGACAAAGAGGGCGAGGGAAGGAAGGAAGUGGUGGUGUAGUCAUUGCACUGAAAGCUGAUUGUGAUCAUUCCACUCACCUGACUCAGUAAUGGUCAGAGUCUGAAGGAAUGAUAGAAGUUUUCAAGCAAUUGUUUUACCAAAAGCUAAUAUUGUUAACUCUCUCCACUCAACUUAGCCACUCUGUAAUGAUUAGUCUUUGAAUGAAGGAACAAAGGCAGUGAGUGAGAGCUAAGAUUACUGAAUCACUCUCUACCAACAUGACUGAAUCUCUCCACGCAUCUCAGUAACUCUAACAAUUAAAUAAGGACAGUGUCCAAGCAGUUAUUUGAUUGAGGGCUAAUUCUACUGAAUCACUUCACUACAAAAAAUAUUUAUAGGUGCAGCACUAGUCAAAAGCCAAGUGUAUACAGUCUGCCAUGUAGUAUAUACAUAUAUAUGACUCAAAUACUAGUAGUAACUCAUCUUUCCAACCAUUACACUUAGUAGCUUUUCCAGUUUUGUAGCAAUACUCAAGUUUGCUUCCUGGUGAGUGCAUGCCUCACAUGCUGUGCUUCAUAGGGUCAGAAUGAGCUUCCCAUAGCCAUAGGCAGGCAGGCAGGCAGGCAGGCAGAUAGGUAGGCAGGCUCCACAAUGGUGCAUGGUUUGGCCAGUAAGACUCCUCUCUUUUCUACAUACAUAGAGACAAGGACAUUUCAGAAAGCAGUUAGAAGUACACAUGGCUGAAUUUGCUUUUAUUUCUGUCUUUAAUUCCCCAAUUACAGUGCAAAUGUUUUCCUGCAUCUCUAUAAUUUUUGUACUGCAGUGUCUUAAAUUAAUCGGAUGAUUAGAAAAGACAAGAUUGAUUUCCCUCCCUCUCCCACCUUACACUGUAUGUUGAUAUUGUGUCUUUGCAUCUGUCACCAUACGAAUAGUAUUUCUUACAGUGCUCUAAUUCUUAAUACAGGAAGAACUUACCAGUGAAAGGAUUAAAAUGUAUUUGUAAUGGAAGAGUAUAGAUUCUGGGUGACCAUUUAUCUUUGUGAUGGAAGUGCCUGCAUGUCAGUCUGUCUGUUAGCCUUGUGAGGGAUUGUAGUGAGCUGUGGUGGUGGCGUUUGGAGGGCAAAAAGUGUGUCUGCUGUUUGUACACUCUUUGGUGAUGCUCAAUAAAUGCAUGAUGUUGC